GAUCGUUGCGAAAUCUGUUUGACAAACCAGCGGCAAACUGGUGAGCGUGUCUGAAAGAUUAAGAAUCACGGCGUACAGUAAAGUUUCAGGGGUUUUGUUUGAACGGCUUUAUGACCGCGAACUGGAGCUGUGCUAACAAGCGAACCAACCAUCCGAACCGAAACCAGUGGGAAUGAUCGAGUAACACAAGUGUGUGAACUUCGAGGGGAUGGCGGAGCUCCCGUUUGGGCUCCUGGAGGCCUGUGUUGUGGUAGGCGCUCCCAGCGAUAAGCUUCGAGAGCUGCACCAACACAUUAGGUCAAAUGAUCUCCCCCUGCUGGAUCCUGAGGUACUGCAGGUCCACGCGCCACCGUUUGUCUCCAAAGAGGCUAACGUGAACGUGAUCGGUCCUGCUUUCAGCCACGUGCAGCGGAGAAGAAGUUUCAUUAAGAAGAAACGGCCAGAUCGUGCUGCAGAAAGGGGUUCUAAUGAAGAUUCAGGCACCCGUGUCGAAACAUCGCCGGCAAUCAGUGUUCCAAAAGAUCUGGACCUCAUCGCUUUGCCUCAGCUCUGUUUCCCCGGUGGUCUUGAGCUAGCCAGCGAGCAGAAAGACGACGCUUAUCACUUUCUGGUUUUUACCGACCUGUUUGGCAAUCGAACCCAUGGAGUUGUGGUGCAGUACCACAGAGCUGUCCAGGAGGGGUCUUUACAGAAUGGCUGUCGAUGGAAUGCGCCCAAGUCUCGUCUGUACGCUCCCUUUGCUGUGUGCAUCAUCUCUAAGUUCCCCUACUACAACGCCCUGAAAGACUGCUUGUCAUGUCUCCUGGUGCAGUUGCGGACUGCAAGACAAGCUGAUCUCGAAGAGACAAUCAAGGAGUUUUCAGCCAAGCUGUCCCUUAUUCCCUUACCACCUCCUGGACAGCUGAAUGUGUCCUUCAGCCUACGGCCUCUUCAAGUGGUUCUCCCGUCCAGGGACGAUCAGGACAGCCCCAUUAUUGACAUCGACCUUCACCUUCCGCUUCUGUGUUUCUCUCACAAGACGCUGCUCCAGGUGCUCUCUGGCCUUCUCCAAGAGCAGAGGAUUGUCCUGUUCUCCUCCGACUGGGCCAGAUUAACCCUGGUGGCAGAGAGUCUGCUGUUGUACCUGCAUCCGCUGUCCUGGCAACAACCUUACGUUCCUGUCUUGGCCCGGGGAAUGUUGGACUUCCUGAUGGCGCCGACCGCUUUCCUGAUGGGCUGUCAUGCUAAUCAUUUUGAUGACAUUGCUGCUAUGCAAGGGACAGAGGACCUCGUCCUGGUGAAUGUGGAUGAUGGCAGCAUUCGGACAUCGCAGAGUGAAACCGACGACCUACCUACCAUGCCUCAGGAUGUAGCCGAGUGCUUUAUUUCAAGGGCCGAGUGCUUACAGCUUCAUUACGAUUUGGAGCUGUGCCACCUCGGAGCAGGCACGGAUGUAAACACCCUUCGUUCCCAACGCAGAGGCUGGCAGAGAAAACUCAACUCCAUGAUACAAAAUAUCGCUCUGGAAUUAGUGGUCAACAUUUUCAGAGGGGUCCAGGACUUUUUAAACCACGAACACAGAGUUUUUAACAGCGAGGAGUUUCUCAGAACGAAGGAGCCAGAGGACCAGCUGUUUUACAAGAAAGUAUUAGAAACGCAUAUCUUUCACUCGUUCCUGCGCGACAGGCUGAACAAGAAAUGGGACUCCUUCAGCCGCAUGGAGCAGAUGACACAGAGCCACGCGGCCAGGAAUGCCGCAAUGACUGUGUUUCCACGCCGCCCUCCGAUGUAUGAGCUGUCCAGGACGGGCUACAACCGCUACACCAGUCCUAACCCCAGACUAAGCAAGAGGCUCGGAGCCAGUCUGCCGAAUCUCGUUGAACCCAUGGUUGAAUCUGUCAUGUCGAACGCAGACAGACAACUCUCCGUUCGGAAGAUUAGUCCCGAUAGCGGGUUGAAGUUUCUUCAGAAACCUUUGAAGGUGUUCCGUCUCCCAGAGUUCCCGCCGCCGCUGGCGUAUCAUUACGUUCAGAACUAUUACUCUGACAUGGUCUCUUCACUGGGGAAGGCUAUUAGUGCGACACCACCUGAUGAAUCUGCUCUGUUGGCCAGAUACCAUUACCUGCGGGGUUUGGUGAACACUGUGUCCAACAGGCGCCUGGAUGCCUUGGAGGAUUUUUAUAGUCUUUUCAAGACCGACGCAGACAUCUUCCCUACUCAGAUGGUUAAGUCUCUGGUGGACUCCCUGCCAGACGGUGAAUGGGUGCAGGCUGACAGAAGGCCGGAGCUCAAACGCCUGAUCACUCAGGUGAAGAGGGAAGAGGAGCGGGAGCGAGCGACCCAGGGCACGGGGCAGGACGAAGAAGCUGUAAAGCGUUUCCAGCUGCCGAAAAAAUACAUGCACUUGGAGGAAUUUGUGAAAUGCGUGCAGGAGUCUGGCAUCGUAAAGGACCAUGGAACCAUUCACCGACUAUUUGAUGCUCUAACUGUGGGUCACCAGAAGCAGGUCAGUCCAGACUUAUUCCGAGUGUUUUACACCAUCUGGAAGGAGACGGAGGCCGAGGCUCAGGAGGUGUAUCUGCCAGCAUCUGUGUUGGAGCACAUCGAUGCCACCGAGUGCGUCUUCAAGCUGUCCUCCUCGGUCAAGACGAGCCGUGGUGUGGGGAAGAUCGCCAUGACGCAGCGGCGCCUCUUCCUGCUGACCGACGGACGGCCGGGAUACGUGGAGGUGGCCCAGUAUCGAGACUUGGAGGAGGUGAGAGUUUCCUCGGCUCCCUUCUUGCUUCUACGGAUCCCCGGCCUGAAGAUCCGUGUUCAAGGCAGGAAGGAGACGUUCGAGGCGAACCUGAAAACUGAAACUGAGCUUUGGAAUCUGAUGAUCAAGGAGAUGUGGGCGGGGCGACUUAUAGCUGACCGACACAAGGAUCCACAAUACUUGCAACAGGCUCUGACCAACGCCUUGUUGAUGGACGCUGUAGUGGGCAGCCUUCAAAGCAGUAAGGCUAUAUAUGCUGCUUCUAAACUGGCUCAGUUCGACCGUAUGAAGCUGGAAGUUCCAAUGAUGGUUCCCUCAACAACUGCCGAGUUGCUGAAGCAUAAAAUAAACCCUUCAUUGAAUCUUCCUGCACCCCAGGCUGUAGAUGUGUUGUUGUACACACCAGGUCAGUUAUGGGUGUCUGUGGGUGGAGGAAAGGUGAUGGUCUUUGAUGCCUCCACCUGGUCCCUCAUACAAACUUGUCAAGUUGGGAAUGCAAGACUGAACUGUAUGCUGGGCGUUGACAGAGACCAGGUCUGGAUGGGCUCUGAGGACUCUGUCAUCUACAUCAUUAGCGUGGUGUCCUUGGUCUGUAAUAGACAGCUGACUGAGCACAGGGCAGAGGUCACCGGACUAGCACUGGACAACGGAAAAUACAGCAACACGGUGGCGUACUCCUGCAGUGCAGAGGGAACGGUCAUGGUGUGGGAAGUCUCGGCUCUACAGGUGAAGAGAACUUUUCGUCUCUCCUGCGAUCGGCUGCAGUCUGUCUACAACUGUGGAGGAGCUCUCUGGUGUUGCUCCAGGGAUGGUAUCAUGGAGGUGGGGAGGACAGGUGUGGUAAAGCAGCAUAUAAAUCUGCAUGAACCACAAAGAGUCACGUAUUGCGCCGCUCUGGUCCUGCCUGAGAGCGGGGAGCUUUGGAGCGUGUGUGUCGACUCCGCGGAGGUGUACAUUUGGCACUUGAAGAACACCACCAAACCUUUCUGCCGCGUGAUGCUGCAGGACUGCAGUGGAUGUCACUGCAUAAUUCAAGUCAAAAACCAGGUGUGGGUCGGAGGAAUGGGCCGUAGUUCUGUCAAAGGGAAAAUUUACAUCCUGGACACGGAGCGCUACGAGGUCCUGAAGGAGCUCCACGGCCACAUGGACAAGGUGACGGCGCUCUGCUCGGCCGAGGACCGCUACGUCCUGAGCGGAGCCGGCAAACACGACGGGAAGAUCGCCAUCUGGAAGGUGGAGGAAAGGGGGCUGGACUCGAGCAAUUGUUAGCGCCGCUAAAUCCAAUCCGGGGCUUUCUUCGGAACCACAAAGGAGGACGAAAAUGAAGGGAAGCUCAACAGAGACAGGGAGACUAUCUGUGAAUGAAGGAAUUUUAUGUGAAGCAUCAAGUUUACACGUAGGCUCAGCGAGCGUGACGCUUUACAUGCCAAUGAAGACUUGUUAGCGCAAUGCUAACGCAGCUGACACUUUGUUUUAAGGAUUUUAGUAAAGAUGAAGGAUGAACGACUGAAACUCAAAUCCCGCUGAUGGUUCUGACCGCGAAGGGUCUCGCUGGAGUUUACAUACGUGUUUGUUUCUGUAGGGCCACACGUAUGCAAUCUGAGGAGAUCAUGUGACUCGGCUUCACCUCACGCCGUGAGCUUGACGUGAAGGUCCGCGGCGCGCGGGAGUCACGCUACCAUGAAAACACAGCCGAGGUUGUGGAUUUCGCCCGCACCGUGGGAAAGACCCACCAGGAGUUUGUUCUGACGGAAGCCGGGCUUUAAUACCCAGGAUGCAUGGGGAUGGGAACCGGAGUCGGCCAGUAGCUGGACACGGGAGCGUCUUGAGAACCCGAGCUAACUCCUGCCGCAGUGCCUUAGAAAAGUGUUCAUACGCCUGGAGCCGUUUUCACGUGUUUUCACGUUACAACCACAAACGCCAAUGUCGUUGAUUUUCAAAAUGGAUGGAACCGCAUCCCUGGUGGACAAAAUGUUCCUCCUUCUCUUUGCAAAAUGAAUAAAGUGCGCCUUGGAGCAGGAACGUUCAACUCUUGCCACAAAUUCUUAACUUACUGUAGAUCUUUACUUUGACUAGGCCACUCCAACACACGAUCUAAAUCAUUCUGUUAUAGAACUGGCCGUGUGUUUAGGACCAUUGGUCUAUCCAAAUGUGAACCUUUUGAAAGCCAUAACAGGUUUCCCUCCAGGCUCGCCCUGUAUUUUGGCUUCAUCUUCCUAUCAACUGUGGCCGGCUGAAGAGAAGCGUCCCCUCACCACCAUGCUGAGGUGGCCAGGAAUAUCUAUUAAUUAGGUGACUUCUGAAGGCAAUUGGUCGUACUUUAUUUUAUUUUACUUUAUUUAGAGAAAUCAGGGGGAAAAAAAAGGGGAGCUGAAUACAAGAACACACGACCAUCUUCAGAUUUUUCACAGUAUAACCAUGGAUUAGUUUGUAUUGGUUUAUGAAAUGAAAUAAAAUAAAAAUAAAUACAUUGAAGUUUGUGGUUGUAAUGUGACAAAGUAAGUUAGAAGAUAUUUUACAGGGCAUUGUAAAAGUGGAAUAAGUAGAAAACAUAGUUGUCUCUUAAUUUUUUUUCUUCUUUUUUUUCUUAUUUAUUUUCCUGCAAGGCUUUUGACAUGCUUUGCUCGUUUUAGUUCCUAGUUGAAAAGGCUAAAAAAGGACAAUUUGCUGACAUUUUUUUAUACAUAUAUAUUAUAUGUUGGUAAACAUGCCUGUAGAGUUAUUUACAUGUUGGAAUAUACAUUUAAAUUCAUGUCAGCUGUCAUUUAUUCUCUCGCGCCAUUUGAGAUUAUAUUUUUUCUAUUUAUGUGCCGUUGGUAAUUGAGGAACACAGUUCUAUUUAUAUGUGUAUUUUGAAUUUUACUGACUUUUUAAAAAUAUCGCCAAGAAAUGUUAUGACCAAGACUGUUAUUACAAAUUAUUAAAAUUUUUAACCAUU